AUGAGUGUAAUCGAAAAGAUCCGAGAAAUUGAGAAUGAAAUGGCUCGAACCCAAAAGAACAAAGCAACUGCUAGUCACUUGGGACUCUUAAAGGCCAAACUAGCCAAAUUAAGACGUGAGUUAUUGACUCCUAAAGGUAGUUCAAGCGGUGGAGGAGAAGGAUUUGAUGUUGCUAAAACAGGAGUAGCUCGAGUUGGAUUUAUUGGGUUCCCUUCAGUAGGAAAGAGUACUAUUAUGACCAAACUAACGGGAACGUACAGUGCAGUAGCCGAGUACGAAUUUACUACCUUAACGACUGUUCCUGGUGUACUGCACUAUAAUGGAGCUAAGAUUCAGAUUCUGGACUUGCCAGGAAUUCUUGAAGGGGCUAAAGAUGGCCGAGGAAGAGGUAAGCAAGUCAUUGCUGUAGCCAGAACUUGCAGUUUAAUCUAUAUUGUCCUGGAUAUUACUAAGCCAAUCGGCCAGAAGAAGAAGAUCGAGAAUGAGUUAGAAGGGUUUGGAAUUAGACUGAACAAAACUCCACCUGAUAUUACACUUGGUAAAAGAGAUCGUGGUGGAGUGAAUAUUCGAUCGACUUGUCGUUUGACCCAUUUAGAUGAGGAGGGAAUCAAAGCUAUUUUUAAGGAGUAUCGUAUUCUGAAUGUAGAUGUAAUGUUCCGGUGUGAUGCAACUGCUGAUGAGUUGAUUGAUGUAAUAGAAGGAAAUAGAGUUUAUAUCCCGGCUAUAUAUGUGCUGAAUAAGAUAGAUAGUAUUAGUUAUGAGGAGUUGUGUUUGGUGAGUAAGAUUAAGAACUCAGUGCCGGUUAGUGCUGAGAAGGGCUGGAAUUUAGAUGGGAUUUUAGAGGCAUCUUGGGAUAUGUUGCAGUUGAUUAGGAUUUAUGCUAAGCCGCGAGGUCAGUUACCAGACUAUUCUGCGCCGGUGGUACUUCGUACUAAUCGGUGUUCAGUGCGGGACUUUUGUAAUGCUAUUCAUCGAGGUAUUCUUGGCGAGUUCAAGAAUGCAAUUGUGUGGGGGAAGAGUGUUAAGCAUGUGCCGCAGAGAGUGGGUAGAGACCAUAUUUUGAUGGAUGAAGAUGUGGUACAGAUUGUCAAGCGGCGGUAA